CAUUUUGACUAUUUUAGCUCUGCAACUUCCUGAUUUCAGCUCCAAAAUUCUUCACCCUUCAAUCUCUCGUAAAUCCUCUGGAAAAAACCCCUAAUUGUUAGGGUUUUAGUAAAACUCUUCGAUUCUCGUUAAAUUUCACUUCAAUUUUUUUUGCAUUUUCGAAGAUUUAGCUAAUCAAAAUUGCGAAAAUUCUGAUUCAAAUCGACGAUCUAGAUGAAAACUAGGGUUUUUUUACUCUGUUUUCUCAUCCUUUCGUCGAAUUUCUCUCAUUUGCAAUCGGAGGAAACGAAGACUAACAAAUUCAGAGAACGAGAAGCUACAGAUGAUUCCAGUGCUUAUCCAAAUAUAGAUGAGGAUGAAUUGCUGAAUACACAAUGCCCCCAGCAUUUGGAGCUAAGAUGGCAGACAGAAGUUAGUUCUAGCGUGUAUGCCUCGCCCUUGAUAGCUGACAUUAACAGUGAUGGGAAGCUUGAGGUUGUAGUACCUUCAUUUGUUCAUUACUUGGAAGUUCUGGAAGGUUCUGAUGGAGAUAAACUGCCAGGAUGGCCAGCUUUUCAUCAAUCUACCAUUCAUUCCAGUCCUUUACUGUAUGACAUUGACAAGGAUGGAGUAAGGGAGAUCGGUUUGGCCACCUACAAUGGUGAGGUGCUCUUUUUCAGGGUGUCAGGAUACUUGAUGUCUGAUAAACUUGAGAUUCCUCGGUUGAAGGUCAAAAAGAAUUGGUAUGUAGGUUUGAAUUCAGUCCCUGUGGACCGUUCUCAUCCGGAUGUCCACGAUGACCAACUAAUCCAGGAGCACCUGAUGGAAUCUGUAGUCCGUCAUAAUGCAUCUAGUCACAGUGGCAACCAUUCAGACUCUACAGCAUCGGCUGUUCACAAUGAGACACAUUCUGUUCUGGAAGAAGUCCACCAUGAUGCAUCUAGUCUCAGUGGCAACCAUUCAGACUCUACAGCAUCGACUGUUCACAAUGAGACACAUUUUGUUGUGGAAGAAGUCCACCAUGAUGCACUUAAUGCUUCAAUAUCUUUGCCAUCAGAAGUUUCACAUGACAACUCUUCUAAUUUAGAGGACCACAAGGGAAAAAAUAACAGUUUAGAUGAUGCAGAAACUAACAUGGCUAACUUAAACAAUAGUAUUCUGAGUUCUGAAAAUGAGGAAAUUAGGAAUUUGGAAAAUGGAACCAAUACCGGAAGAAGGCUUCUUGAAGAUGGCGUGUCAAAAAGAGCUGAGGAAGAUGUUCAAGCUGCAACUGUGGAAAAUGAAGAAGGUCUAGAAGCGGAUGCUGAUUCAUCUUUUGAGUUAUUUCGUGACAGUGAUGAGUUGGCAGAUGAGUAUAAUUACGAUUAUGAUGAUUACGUUGAUGAGCAUGCGUGGGAUGAUGAAGAAUUUCAGGAGCCAGAGCAUGAGAAAGUAGAGGAUUAUGUGGCUAUUGAUGCUCAUGUUUUGUGUACGCCUGUCAUAGCAGACAUUGACAAUGAUGGGGUGUCAGAGAUGAUUGUUGCAGUUUCCUAUUUCUUUGACCAUGAGUACUACCAAAAUUCGGAGCAUUUGAAGGAGCUUGGAGACAUUGAGAUUGGAAAAUAUGUAUCUGGUGGUAUUGUUGUUUUUAAUCUAGAUACCAAGCAAGUUAAAUGGACUCAACAACUGGACCUAAGUACUGACUCAGGGAACUUCCGUCCCUACAUCCACUCUUCCCCUACGGUAGUUGAUUUGGAUGGUGAUGGAAAUUUGGACAUUCUAGUUGGGACCUCUUAUGGAUUGUUUUAUGUCUUGGAUCACAAGGGGAAAGUGAGGGAUAAGUUUCCUCUUGAAAUGGCUGACAUCCAAGGAGCAGUAAUUGCAGCUGAUAUAAAUGACGAUGGCAAGAUUGAACUAGUUACUACAGAUUCACAUGGGAAUGUUGCUGCAUGGACUGCACAGGGCAAAGAAAUUUGGGAAAAUCAUCUUAAAAGCCUUGUUCCUCAGGGACCUGCCGUUGGUGAUGUGGAUGGGGAUGGCCAUACCGAUAUCGUUGUUCCAACAGUUUCAGGGAAUAUUUAUGUUCUGAGUGGCAAGGAUGGCUCCAUUAUACGCCCAUAUCCUUACAGGACUCAUGGUAGAGUGAUGAAUCAAGUUCUUCUUGUUGAUUUGACCAAACAUGGGCAAAAGAAAAAAGGGCUUACAAUCGUCACUACAUCAUUUGAUGGUUACUUGUAUCUCAUAGACGGACCUACAUCAUGUGCUGAUGUUGUAGACAUCGGUGAAACAUCAUACAGCAUGGUCUUGGCUGACAAUGUUGAUGGUGGAGAUGACCUCGAUCUUAUUGUGACUACCAUGAAUGGCAAUGUCUUCUGUUUCUCGACACCUUCUCCACAUCAUCCCCUCAAGUCAUGGAGAUCACCUAACCAAGGGAGAAAUAAUGCUGCAUAUCGAUUUGAUCGUGAGGGAGUCCAUGUUACUCCAUCAUCAAGAGCUUUCCGCGAUGAAGAAGGCAAGAGCUUUUGGGUUGAAAUAGAAAUUUUUGAUAGAUACAGAUACCCAUCUGGGUCUCAAGCUCCAUAUAAUGUCACGGUGAGUUUGUUAGUACCCGGCAAUUACCAAGGUGAUAGAACUAUUAAGCAAAAUAAGAUAUUUAAUCAACCUGGAAAACAUCGGCUUAUGCUCCCAACUGUUUCUGUGAGGACUGCUGGUACAGUGUUGGUGGAGAUGGUUGACAAAAAUGGGCUAUAUUUCUCUGAUGAUUUCUCCUUGACAUUCCAUUUUCAUUAUUAUAAGCUGUUAAAAUGGCUUCUCGUUCUUCCUAUGCUGGGGAUGCUUGGUGUGCUUGUCAUUCUUCGUCCGCAAGAGGCCAUGCCAUUACCAUCAUUUACGCGAAACACCAACCUCUGAUGUUGCUUUCACAAAAAAUAUAACACAUCUCCUUCGGGUUAUAGAAAUGAGGCAUCUUCUCUAGCUUGAACUUUGAGCUGACAACGGCCUUUGUGAGUAGAGGUACGUUUAACUGUAUAGGGACAAGGGAUAAUUGAUUUUGAUCCUACCAGAAUCUGAAUUGUGAGCAUACAAGUUGGCUUGUGCCAUUAUUGUACCCUUCCCCAGGUGUAACAUACUUAUAAUUGCUAGACACAUUCGAGUAAACAAUGAUUAUUUAUGGAACUACAAGUUUGUUCCGAGGCGGAUACUUUCAUCUCUCUCAUAAGUUUUGUACUCUUACUUUAGUACUGUAUGAUGACGAUAGAGCUAAGUUGAACCACAUUGUUCUUCUGUCAGAUUGUUUAUCUUGUAUGUUUGAGUGAACCAUUUAUGCUUUUGCCA